CGCAGUUUUCUUUCUCACGCUUGCUUUAUUGUGCUAGCUAGCUAGCAACCACCAGCUACUCUCGUGGAAUAUUUUUUCCUCUUAUUACAACCUUUCAUUCAUUAUCCAUUUCCUAACUCACUUGAGUAAUGUCGGAUCCAAGAAUACGACAGAUAAAAAUCAAGACUGGAGUUGUAAAACGGCUGGCUAAGGAGGAGGUGCUGUACAUGAAGGAGGCGGCACAACAGGAGGAGCGCAUCGAGCGGCUGAAGGCUGAGGCGGGGGACGAAUAUCUCAUCAAGAAACAGAUGGAGGUGCUGCAGGAGUCCAGAAUGAUGAUUCCUGACUGUCAUCGCCGUUUAGCCAUGGCUCGUACUGACCUGCAGCAACUGCUGGAAACAGAAGAGGAUCUGGGAGAAACAGAGGAAUAUAAGGAAGCCAGAAGUGUUUUAGACUCUGCUGAAUUGGAGGGAUGAUGUAAACACACACACACACACACAGAGUCCCAAGUGUCCAUUCCAUUUGUCAGGACUUGUUAAGAAAUGUCGAUGCAAGCAGAUGUGUCUGUUCCUCCUUUUUGUAUGUGUUUAUAACUUGCAGAAUGAUGUGCCACUCUGUUGCUAACAUUCUGAUGAGUGUUCAGAUUUACAAACAUGAAAUAAACUCUCUUUCUUUACUAUA